AGAAAUAGAUAUGGACUCUUGCAAAAAGUUAAUAAAAUGUAAAUUUUGAAUCAGCCCAAACAAUUACGUAGUACUCCGUAUCAGCUAAGCAACGUAGCAGCACGCUCCGAACCUCUUCGUCCAUUGAUCAUUCCUCUACGCCCUUGUCUCUGCUGCUGCUACAAGUAACAAGCUCAUCGCAACAUCCGCUAUACGUCUUCGGGGAAACGUUUGAGUGGGGAUAUGCUCAUGUCCAGGAAUAACCCGAUAUUCAGAGAAGUUAAUCAAUUGCAAAAACAUGACCAGGACAUCAUGUGUGUGAAACUCUUUGUAGUGGAUUAAGGGACUCUGACAUCCAGUGUUCUGAUUGUAUACAUUCUAAAGAACUCAAAGUUUUCAUAGUUGGUCAGGUUUCACUUCUUUCGUGUGGUCUGAUAAUGAAAGUCGUGAAGAAUUGAUUGACUUGGACAAUAUGGCCACAAACUCAAGCUGUGCUUCACUUGGACCAAAUUCUAGCGAGCAUGAUCAUCCAAAUGCAAAUACCGAGUUUGUAGGGUGCAAAGGAAACAAUGGAGAGAAAGAUAAAACGACGAUUGAAGAAUCUAAGGUUGAGUUUUUGAGGAUAUGUAGAGAUGCUGAUGGUAAUACAGUGCACUUGGAUGAUAUAAAAAAAAAUCCCACAGAACCACCAGGUGUAAGCCUUCCAAGAGUUCUUCGUUGCAGAAAACAAAAAAAAUCUGAAUCUUUUGAACAAAACAAUGCUGUUGGAGGAGCUGAUAGUGACAUAGUUGAAAAUUGUACUAAUCAUAAUACGAUAAAGAGAAAAGAGAAGCAGAUGAAACAGGUUUCAGUUGAUGAAUUCUCAAGGACAAGGGUAAAACUGAGAUAUUUUUUGCAUCGGAUAACAUAUGAACAAAACUUAAUUGAUGCUUACUCUACUGAAGGAUGGAAAGGAAAAAGCUUAGAAAAAAUCAAGCCUGAGAAGGAGCUACAGCGUGCAAAAUCAGGAAUUUUUAAAUACAAGUUGAAAAUCAGAGACUUAUUCCAACACAUUGAUAUGCUGCUUGCUCCAGGAAGGCUUCCUGAAUCAUCAUUUGACCCUGAGGGACAGAUUGACAGCGAAGAUAUAUUCUGCGCGAAGUGUGGUUCUAAGGAUUUACAAGCUGAUAAUGAUAUUAUCCUGUGUGAUGGCGCUUGUGUACGUGGGUUUCACCAGAUGUGUUUGGAGCCACCUUUGUUAAAAGCAGACAUUCCACCAGGUGAUGAACCCUGGCUAUGCCCUGGAUGUGUCUGCAAAUUGGAUUGCUUUGUCUUACUCAAUAAUCUCCAAGGAACAAACCUUUCUCUUAGAGACAGCUGGGAGAAGGUGUUUCCUGGGGAGGCAGCCAGUGCCACUACAGGGAAUAAGCUGGAUGAUAUUUCUGGAUUACCAUCAGACGAUUCUGAGGAUGAUGACUACAACCCUGCUACUAAUCCGGAAGUAGAUCAAAAUUCUUCACAGGAGGACAAAUCUACCUCUUCUGUUGAAAGCGACUAUUUUUCUGCAUCCGAUGAUUUUGAAGCACCACCAGUACUUAAUAAUCUGGAAGUGAUGGGGCUUCCUUCAGAGGAUUCCGAAGAUGAGGAUUAUGAUCCAGGUGCUCCGGGCCAUGAUACUGAUCAGGAGAUGCAGGAAAGUUCAAGUUCAGAUUUUUCCUCUGAUUCUGAGGAUGUUGGUGGGUCCCCCGGCCAACACCAACUUGGAAACCUUGAAAUAGGUGCUGGAGCAGGGGAAUGUUCACCUAAGGAUGACGCACCACACCUACAGUCCAACGAUGAACUUGUAUAUGAAGAUAUGCACCCUAAGGAUGACAAUAAGUUGCAUGAUUUGAAGGGGAUGUGUAGGAGUAUCUCUUCCAAUUCUGGUGAUAAAGGAUGUGACAGUAUUUCCCCAAAAAGAAAGAGUACAAGUCCUAAAACUGCUCAAAAGUCAUCUGAUCAGACUGAAAGUAGUGAAAUGAGUACUAAUUUCAGCCAGAUCAAAAAUCAAAAUGCAAAAGAGAGAAGGCGUGGAAAGAGGCCGAAGGUUGAAGGUUUGGUGACGUCUGAGCAAGGGUCAAGUAGUAAGAGGAUUGGUAAAUCAAAAUAUGGAGAAGAUGCGAUCAAGAGGCUCUUUGAAUGCUUCAAGGAAAAUCAAUACCCAAAUCGUGUUCUCAAGGAAAAAUUAGUUGCAGAAUUAGGAUUGACAAUCCAGCAGGUUAAUAAAUGGUUUGAAAAUGCUCGCUGGAGCUUUCACCACUCAUCAACAAACCAAGCUACGAAUCAAACGUAACGGAAGUUGUACUUUGACACCCCCCUCCCCCCGAAGCAAAGACGCCACCUGUAUAUUGUCAAAGGACACUUCUUGCAAUGGAUGGGUGAUACCAUGGAACAACUGCCAACUUGUCUCGGUUAAAGUGGAAAUGAUGAUGAGACGUGGGUGGUUGAAGAAGUAUCCGAGGCAGGCAUGCUACAGCAACAGAUGCAAGUUGAUAGCCUAACUCUCUCAUAAUGUCUCAUUAGGCAUCAGAUUAGUGGCAAUCUUGCCUUCGAUUUACAGGGACAGCCGACACUAAAGCUUCUGAUUUGCUCAACGUCUUUCCCUAGGUAAGGUGGUAAUGUUAACCUGAACUUUGGCUAUAAGCCUGCAAGUACCAUUGGCUCUGGCAAGGAACCUUGUCUAAUCGCCAUUAGUAAAAGCAUGACUAUUAUUUGGUAAUGUCGAUUAACAAUUUUUAUUUGAUGUUGUAAUUUGUAACUUUAAAAUCUGUUUCUUUUCUUUGCUUUUUGAAUAUGAUUUGUAUAUACUUAUGUUGACUCAAGUCAUUGCUCCAUUAACAAAUUGGUUUUCCGCAAAUUGAUCUAGUUUCUAGUGAUAAAGAUGGGGGGUUGUGACUUGUGAAUGUUUUCUGGAGUAU